AUGGGGGAGGGGUUGGGCAGCGGGCGCCCGAGGGUGUGUCUCCCCUGGCUCUGGCUCUGGCUGGGCCCCCGGGUGCUGACCUGCCGGGCCCCGUCUCGCCUCCCCCAGUAUGAUGAGCUGCCCCACUACCCAGGCGUCGUGGACGGCACGGCAGCCCUGGCCGACUUCUCAGAGACGGCGCCCCCGGCACCCAGAGGCCCCGGGCCCUACGGCCCACACCGGCUGCCCCUGCCCCCAGGCCUGGACAGUGACGGCCUGAAGCGGGCGAAGGAUGAGAUCUACGGACACCCACUCUUCCCGCUGCUAGCCCUGGUCUUUGAGAAAUGUGAGCUGGCCACGUGCUCACCCCGGGAUGGGGCGGGAGCUGGACUGGGGGCACCCCCCGGCGGCGACGUCUGCUCCUCUGAUUCCUUCAACGAGGACAUCGCUGCCUUUGCCAAGCAGGUCCGCUCCGAGAGGCCCCUCUUCUCCUCCAACCCAGAGCUGGACAAUUUGAUGAUCCAGGCCAUCCAGGUGCUGCGCUUCCACUUGCUAGAGCUGGAGAAGGUCCACGACCUAUGCGACAACUUCUGUCACCGCUACAUCACCUGCCUCAAGGGGAAGAUGCCCAUCGACCUGGUCAUCGAGGAGCGGGAUGGUGGCUACAGGGAGGAUCUUGAGGACUUCCCAGCCUCCUGCCCCAGCCUCCCAGACCAGAAUAACGCGUGGAUCAGAGACCAUGAGGACAGUGGGUCUGUGCGUCUGGGGACCCCCGGCCCAUCCAGCGGGGGCCUGGCCUCGCACAGUGGGGACAACUCCAGUGACCAAGGAGAUGGGCUGGACACGGGCGUGGCCUCACCCAGUUCAGGGGGCGAGGAUGAGGAGCUGGACCAGGAGCGGCGGCGGAACAAGAAGCGGGGUAUCUUCCCCAAAGUGGCCACCAACAUCAUGCGGGCCUGGCUGUUCCAGCACCUGUCACACCCGUACCCCUCGGAGGAGCAGAAGAAGCAGCUGGCGCAGGACACCGGGCUCACCAUCCUGCAAGUGAACAACUGGUCCGGGCUCAGUUCGCGGUCCGGGUAA